AUGUUCGACUACGUCCCCUUCCCGAUGUUUGACAUCGUCAAAAUCCAUCUGAUCAUCAACUCCGUGCUCGCAUUCCUUACUGUCUCUGUGGUGGCCCUGCGUCUUGUAUCCCGUCUCACAUCUGGCUCCAAGCUCUGGUGGGAUGACUACCUGAUUCUGUUUGCUCUGCCGCAAGGCCUUGGGAUGCUCAUCAUCCAGGGGUUGUGGGCGCCAAUGGGUAUCGGCUACAAUGUGACCGAGACACUCCCUAACCUCGAAACUAUUUUGAAGAUGCUCGUGGCCUAUGAGCUCAUCUACGCGACCUCGAUCAGCACCAUCAAAGUUAGCGUCAUGCUUUUCUAUCUCCGCGUGUUCGUCAACCCAAGCCUGCGCAAGGCCACCAAGGCCGCACUCAUCUUUGUCGGCCUUUGGAGCAUCGGCAACAUCCUCCAGGUCUUCUUGAUCUGCCGGCCCUUUGUCAAGACGUACAGCCUGACGGCCGAAGGCGUGUGCGGCAACCAGGUCGCCUCCUUCAUUGCCAUCGGCGCCUUCAACAUCAUCAGCGACGUGAUGAUCCUGACGCUUCCAUUGCCAAGCGUCUGGCAGCUGAAGAUGUCCACCGCCCGCAAGCUUGGUCUCAGCUGUGUGUUCCUGAUCGGUCUAGUUGUCAGCGUCAUCGGCAUUAUCCGCAUUGUCACGCUCACCCAGCUCGACCUCACCAACCUUACCGGAACCAUGAUCUGGGCCGACUUCUGGUCCGCCACCGAGCCCAACCUGGCCAUUCUGUGCGUCAGCCUGCCCAUGUUGGGCUCGCUGUGGAAGCGCUUCAGGGCGAAUCGAGGGGCGAGCGAGUCCAAAAACUCGGGGUAUUACUCCUCGGAGUCCAAUACCAUCGGCAGCAGCGCCUUCAGCAAGAUCAAGAACCAGGAUGCCGCCGAGCGGGGCGACACGCAAAUUCACCUUGAAAACCUCUACGCCGCCAACCAGGAGGUACACUACCAGUCUGCCGUUGCGACGACAACCACGCCGGAGCCGGUCCGCAUGCUGGUUGACCACAAGGACAAGGACAGCGGCUCCGAGGUCAGCUUGACGGAGCCAUCGCCAUAUCAAACCGACAGGAACGGAAUCCGGGUUCAUACGAAGUGGUCCAUCUCCCACAACUAA